GCGCCACAAACAUCUGCACUGUACUUCCGGGUUUACAUCCUGACCUACAAAGUCCCGAACCAGACCCGGAGCAGACCCGGACCAGACCCGGAGCAGACCCGAACCAGACCCGGACCAGACCCGAACCAGACCCGGACCAGACCCGGAGCAGACCCGGACCAGACCCGGAGCAGACCCGAACCCAUGCGGCUCCUGCUGCCACCGGGGGCCCGUGUCCUCCGGACCCUCCGGACCGUCCGGGCUCUGUGCUCCGGGCCUCCGCCCAGGACCGCGGCUCAGAUUCGGUCGGACUUCAUCGAGUUCUACCGGGCCCGGGGACAUGAGCUGGUCCCGUCCAGUCCGGUCCGGCCCCGCGCGGACCCGAGUCUCCUGUUCGUGAACGCGGGAAUGAACCAGUUUAAGCCCCUCCUCCUGGGCUCGGCAGACCCUCGGUCUCCGUUGGCGUCGCUCCGCCGUGUGGUGAACUCGCAGAAGUGCGUCCGGGCCGGAGGGAAACACAACGACCUGGACGACGUCGGGAAGGACUCGACUCAUCACACCUUCUUCGAGAUGAUGGGCUCCUGGAGCUUCGGGGACUACUUCAAGGCCGAGGCGUGCUCCAUGGCCUGGACUCUCCUCACCGAGGUCUUCCAGAUCCCCAAAGACCGACUCUACGUGUCCUACUUCAGCGGAGACCCCAAAACCGGACUCCCCCCGGACCUGGAGACCAGAGACGUGUGGCUGCAGCUCGGGUUGCCUCCUGACAGGGUGCUCCCCUUUGGGCCGGAGCAGAACUUUUGGGAGAUGGGCGACACGGGUCCCUGUGGUCCCUGCACCGAGAUCCACGUGGACCUGAGGGGAGGACGGGACGCGGCACCGCUCGUCAACACCGACUGUCCCCAAGUCCUCGAGGUCUGGAACCUCGUCUUUAUGGAGUACAACAGGCAGGAGGAUGGGUCGCUGUGGCCCCUCCCCCUCCGCAGCGUGGACACGGGACUCGGUCUGGAACGACUCGUCUCCGUUUUACAGAACAAGACGUCCAACUACGACACGGACCUGUUCCUCCCCCUGAUCCUGCACCUGCACCAGUUGUCAGGUGCGGCCCUGUACUCCGGUGGUCCUGGUCUCGUGGACAUGGCGUACCGUGUGGUCGUGGAUCAUGUCCGGACUUUGGCCGUUUGCAUCGCCGACGGAGUCCAUCCCGGGAUGAGCGGCGCCGAGUUGGUCUUGAGGAGGAUCUUGCGCAGGGCCGUCCGGUUUUGUCUGGAGGUUCUAAAGGCUCCAGAGGGAACUCUGGGACGCCUGGUCCCAACUGUGGCCCACAGCCUGGGGGGCGUGUACCCGGAGCUGUGGGCGGAGCAGCAGAGGAUCGUGGACGUGAUCGACGAGAACGAAGAACAGUUUGUGUCGUCGCUUCGACAGGGAACGAGACUCAUCCACAGGACUACAAACAAGAUGGAGGCCGGAGCGCUCUUCCCCGCGUCCGUGGCGUGGUCGUUGCACAGGGACCUGGGUUUUCCUCUGGACCUGGUGGACCUGGUUCUGUCUGAAAGAGGAGUCCGAGUGGAUCUGGAGGAACUGGACCGGAUCAGGGCCCGAAACCAGGUGGCGUCUGAUUCGCCGAGAGCCGAUGAUGUCGUGACUCUGGACGUGGCGACUCUGAGCGAACUUCAGCGACGCCGAGUUCCUCACACCGACGAGUCGCCCGUGUACAAGUACUACAAACACGACGGCAAGUACGUGUUUCCUUCCUGCCCGGCUCAGAUCCUGGCCCUGGUCUCUAACCGGACUUUGGUGGACCAGGUCUCAGAGGGACUCUGUGGCCUCAUCCUGGACCGGACCUGUUUCUACAGCGAGAAAGGAGGACAGAGUCCAGACCGGGGCUACCUCAGCACACAGGAAGUGGUCCUCCCUCUCUCUGACGUCACUUCCUGUGGGGGGUACGUCCUUCACGUGGUCCAAGUCUCAGACCUGAUCCGGACCGGAGACCGAGUCCAGCUGCACCUGGACCAGGCGACUCGUUUGUCCCUCAUGAGGAACCACACAGGGACUCACCUGUUGAACUUCGUCCUUCGCCGGGUCCUGGGGUCGUCGGUGCAUCAGCGUGGGUCCCACGUGUCUGUGGAACGACUGCGCUUCGACUACAGCGCCAAGAGCGUCCUGAGUGUCCCUGAGCUGCUGCAGGUUGACCUGGAGCUGUGUGACCUGGUGCAGAGGGACCUGAGUGUGUUUUGUGAGAACCUGAGUCUGAAGAGCGCCUUGAGUCUGAGGGGGGUCCGCACUGUGGACGAGGUUUAUCCAGACCCAGUGCGAGUCGUGUCUUUGGGGCGGUCGGCCUCAGACCUGCUCCAGGACCAGGACCAGGACCAGGACCAGGACUGUGGGACUUCUGUGGAGCUCUGCUGUGGAACUCACGUUCUGAACAGUUCAGAUCUUCAGGAUGUUCUGGUGGUUUCAGAGCGACAGUUCAUCAGAGGAAUCAACCGCAUCCUCGCCGUGACCGGGAGCGCCGCCCGACAGGCGCGAGAGGUGGGCGUGGCCUUGGAGCAGGAAGUGGACUCUCUUUGGACGAGGAUCACAGGCUCCGCCCCCGACUCUCUGCAGGCUGCUCAGCGAUUGGCCAAAGAGGUCGGACACCUGACCAAUGUGAGUCAAGAGGUCGACGUUCGUCUCGUUCCUCUGAAAACUCGUCGAGAACUUCAGAACAAACUCAAGUCUCUCCAGAGGAACUGCAACACCUGCCUACGCAAGAUGGAGACCCGACAGGCCGCCAUCGAGGCCCAGACUCUGCUCCAGAAACAUGGAUCUGAACCAGGACCAGGACCAGGACUAACUGUGGACCUCGUGAAGACCGACUCCCUGUCUAUCCUGGUCAAGUCCGUGAAUCAGUUCUGUUCGUCUCAUCCUGGUUCGUCUGUGAUGCUUUUGGCCCAAGUGCAUCCUGGGAAAGUCCUGUGCGCCUGCCAAGUGCCCAAGGGCGUGGCGUCUUUCUCGGCCUCUGAUUGGGCGCGGGCCGUGUGUGGGCGUUUCCAUGGUAACGCGGGCGGCUCCGACCUCGUGGCAAAGGGGACGGCUCAGGCCGAUGACAUCACGGCGGUGCUGGAGUGGGCGGAGCUUUAUGCCAAAGGGAAAACUUGAAAACACUGACCGUCGGCCAAUCGCGAUUCUCCGUUUUAGAAGAAACGCCUCCGUCCUGAACGAGCGACUGAUUGGCUGAGGGCGCCGCCAAUCAUCCGCUCUGUUUGUGUGUCAAUAAAUGAGAUUUUUAUCAAA